AGCAUCAGAUCAUUUCACCAGGUGAUCAUAGCGAUUAGAAGAAAGUACUUCACCCUGACAUGCGAUCAACGUUACUCCUCGGGCUAUUGGCCCUGGCAUUAUCGCCGAUAGACGGAAAAGAGAGAAGACCCGAGAACAAGCUCCGAAGAUAUGGUCCAUUCGGGCUGAAGGACAAAAGAGGUGCAGAAUACAUAUCGAAUUAUCAACCGCAGAGUCUGUCACCAGGAAUCCACUCCCUGAUGGGACUGACUCCAUCCCUAUCAAGCCACACCAUGACACGUGCCCUGGGUAAUUAUCAAGGACUGGAGCACAGCAGUGGCGGUCAGGGUGGCCUCUCCCUGCUGCCAGGUCAUGGUAUUCCCUCGAUGGGAAUCAGCCUCGGUGGCCAUGGCCAAACAAUCUACACCCUCCCAAUGUCCUCAAUCAUGUCAUCAUCAAAAUCACCAAUAAUGUUCGGUCUUCAUACCGGUCUCACCAGUGGAUCCAACUACAGGACCUACUCCCCAGGUGUUUCCAGCAUUUCAGGAUACCCUGGAUCGAGUGGAUCAUCCAGUCCAGCUGAAUCCUCUUAUGGCUCCUUAAGUCUUCCAGCGAGUGGAGAUUCUACUGGCCUCCAGACGAUUCCUCAGUCCCACGGUAUAUCUGGUGGACUCGUCUUCCUGGAAAGCCCUCAGAACACCCAGACCUAUCACACCGGCUUAUCAAGUGGCUCAUCAGAUAGCUCCAGCUACAAUCUACCGAUAUCCGAUUCAAAAUAUCGAAUAUCAUCCGCCGGUAGCUCUUACGCAUCACCGACCAACUCGUACUCAUUCCCAAGCACAAAUUACGGAAUACCCAGUAACAGCAUCAUGUCGGGCACUAGCUCAUCGAGUCCUACUGUUCAUUAUUCACCACCCAGCUCUUACACACCCUCGCAUACUAGUACUGCUGCAUCGUAUGACUCAAACUCAAUCAAUUAUGCUUCACCAGGUAGUUCAUAUUCUCAAUCAGAUUAUUCUAAUCACUCACCAUCCAAUUCGUAUGGAUACUCUGAACCACAAACAUCUUAUUCACAUGUCAGCUCUAUCCAGAGCAGCCACACCCCAGUGAAAGCAUACGACGAGUACAUUCCCAAAUACGACACCAUCUCCUACUCUAGCCCUCGUGAUAAGUAUUAGUGCAGUCCAGUUAUUUAUUGAUUUUAUAUUUAUGUAUUUAAGUCGCCAAUCAUCUCUGUACUCUCAUACAAAUCAUUAUCAUGGAAUAUCGAUUUAAUAAAAUCGCCUGGAAAUUGUG